UCAUUUCUUCUUAAAGGAAUGCACUGACAGAAGUGUGAGCAUGAUGGAAGUUAGUAGAAACAACUAACCUGCAGAGAAGGAGAGGCCGCAACUAUGGAUGAUUUACUCAAGUCCCAUGGUUCCACUUCCCAGAGAACAGCGCACACUCUGUGUUGGAAGAUUCUUAAUGGCACCAUAAUGGGAGUCAUGUGGAUCUACUCUCUGCAAAAAGGGGUUUGGAAAAAACCAUCUCAUCGACCUAUGAAGACCAGCCUAUCAGGCAUGUCAAGCAUUAGCCCUGAGAGGAGGACACACAUCACAUCACACCACAACAGGACUCAAUUUGGGGAGAAUUUUGACCUGAACUAAGCAUCGAAUGUCACAACCAUGGAGCCAUUUCUUGCAGUUUUGCCUUCAGUCUGGAAAAUGCAUACACAAACACACAUGUUUUCUUAGGAGCAAUGAGGUGGUCCGGGGUCCCCAUAUCACCAUCAUGACCAACCCUAAAACAUCUGUGUCCUUUGUAAUGGUCAGCGUGACAAUAUGGUUUAUUAUGCUUCUGCUCUGCCCCAGUCAACUGAGAGCCCAGCUCGGGACAACCCCCAACAUAAAACACAUUGUGGUUGGAAGGUGUUACAGUUACAUGACUCUAGUUAACCCCACAUUAAGGUAUGACUGUGAGGAGAUCUGGAGACAGUUUGAGGAGGCGGUUGUCCAUCAGUCUUCUUGUAAUGUAACAGUGGAGGAUUAUCAUCAGAUGUUUCAUGUAAUACCACAAACCUGGGUUUGUGAUAGGUUCCUCUUCUGGAGUAAAACAAGGACACUGAUGCACAGCUAUGCAGCUGUUGUACCUGACUUCUGGACACUGGAGGACACACUGGUUGGCUACAUGUUCAACGACCUCAUCUGGUGUGGCCAAAAGAAGGACUUAGGUUUUGAUUUCAGCUCUUGUCCAGAGUGGUCAGCAUGCAGAAAUCAUCCGGUGUAUUCCUUGUGGAGGCAAGCCUCACAAAAUUUUGCGGAGAUGGCAUGUGGCAACGUCACUGUAUUACUGAACGGGUCUAUUGACAACGCCUUCAAUAGGAAAAGCAUGUUUGGAAGCGUUGAACUGGACUGUCUGAAUCCAAAAAGGGUGAAUUAUGUCAACAUAAAGGUGGUGACAAAUCUAGAGGGACCCUUUAUAGAAUCAUGUAGACAAGGAUCCAUUGUAGACUUGAUCCAAAUCCUCCAGUCCAGAGGUUUCCGCUGGACCUGCACAGACAACGACCAGACCUUGACGAUCCUUCAGUGUGUCCAGAACCCCAAACACUCCUCCUGCCAGACAUUUGCAAACAGCCUGUUUCACAGAAAGAUCACAUUCAACUGAGUACCCUACGUCUGAUAUUGUUAUUUUUUAGUCUUUAACGUAUAGUGAUUUUAUUUUAACAUGGUUUUUAAUGUAAAUAAAGGUAUAAUCUGAUAUGAAACAGACUGUUAACGCUGUCAUUUUUAGAGGAACAUCGGAAACUGCUAAAAUGACUUCCUUAGAGUGCAUUUUUUAUACGCCACUUUUUUUUAAUUGAUCCCAUUUCAUUAGCAGAUUAAGUAGACAUACAGAGUCUCUUAGAGUGCAGUUGGUCUGUUUUCUGAAGCCAAAAGCUCAGCAAAGCAAAAUAUCAGGCUUUAACAGAGGUUCCUGUCAUGAAAAGGGCCCCUCUAUGAAAAAAAAUCUAGUAUUUCAGUUUUGUGCUUAAAUUACCACCCAACAAAUCUGGGGGCAGUUAUACUAGCGUUGAACAAAACUGUUCACGUUUCACAGAGUUGGAUGAACUGGGGUUAAUUGGGGGUCACCAGUUGAUUUUUUUUUAUCUGAAGCACUGUAGCAGGUUGUUGCUGUUGUGUUAAGUCCAAAGGUUAAAAUGUUAUUGCCCUUGUGUAAUAUUUUAAACAGUUUGAAAUCAGAUAUCUGUGUUUGUUUGGCUUCAUUUCACAAUUGGAAUAAUAACAUUUAUUCACAUGUUGGUUCCCUGGCAAACAUUUACUUUAAAGCGCUCAUAUUUCAUGAAUAUAGCUGUAAAACAUCCAUACUGGUAUAGCAAGAGCAAGAAACAUCCACCAAAAUGAUACCUGAGUUAUUGUGUCGUUAAGUCAUUAUAUGUCCCGUAAAACAGGUUCACUGGAAAGUCAACCUUUACUUUUGAUCCUCCUCACCAGACUCAACGACCUGCGGCAUUUCUCAUCAUAAAUGAACUACUCAGAUUGUAGCCUCUAACUAUCUUUCAACAUAAAUGAAUUUCACACAGCUACCGUAACGGUUCCCUGGUUUAAAUAUUUAUUAUUAAUUUAUUUGCCUUCUGGCAUAGAAAAAAGAGCAACAGUUUCCAAUUUGAAAGCACAAAGUCGAGAGAAAGGCAAACAUUAGUGAA